UUAUAUUUGGGAGUUUGGAACGCUGAAAAAUUAAAGAUUUCCAUUAUUAUUUUUAUUUUUUCAAAACAAAUAUUUACAUUUAUAACAAAAAUUUUAAAAUUUUUUUAAAAGAGUUGAACUUUUUAGCGAAUAAAGGAAUAGUGCAGUCACGACAUAAAGUUGAUUACCCUGUGUUUAAUUUUUUAAUUUAAAGGGAAGAAUGUCAUUAAAGCCUAAAGCUGUAAACUUUGAGGAAGUGUGGCAGGAUCUAAAGGAAACUGUGAAAGCUGUAAUAACUAUGGGAAACGUUCAAAGGGAUGUUUGGAGUAUACGUUUCAGUGAUAUAUAUUCGUUGUGCGUCGCUCACCCAGAUCCGCUAGCUGAUAGAUUAUAUAUGGAAACUAAACAAUUUCUUGAAAAUCACGUACAAAAUAUGUUGGCGACGCAAGUUGCACCACCUAAUGGAAACGAUAUGACUGACCAAAACGGAAAAGAUUUGUUACAAAGAUAUUAUAAUGCUUGGUCACAAUAUAGUAAAGGAAUUGGAUAUUUGAAUAAAUUAUAUUUAUAUUUAAACCAACAGCACAUUAAAAAACAAAAAAUAUCUGAUGCCGAUGUUGUAUAUGGCAAUUUGUCACCCGACACGCAAGAACUAAUGGAAAUUGAAGAAUUAGGUCUAGAUAUUUGGCGGGUGUAUAUGAUUUUAUCAUUAGGUGAAGAACUAGUUAAACAGAUUUUAGAAGGAAUAAAAAAAGACCGGAGUGAAAAACAUGAUAAAUCCACAAAUGUGGAAGUAAUUCAUGAAGUAAUUGAAAGCUUUGUUGAAGUGCAGAAUUACAAAAAGAAGGGAAAUUUGAAAUUAUAUCAAGAACUAUUUGAAACUCCAAUGCUACAAGCCAGUGGAGAACAUUACAAAACGGAAGCAUCAAAAUUACUCCAACGUUGCACGGUUUCCCAAUACAUGGAGGAAGUAAUCAACAUUUUAGAAGAUGAGAACAAGCGCGCACAUAAAUUUCUACAUACCAGUUCAAUCACUAAAUUGCAAAAAGAGUGUGAAGAGAGAUUUAUCAAUGAUCAUUUAGAUUUCUUAUAUUCAGAAUGUAAAGAGAUGGUUUCACAAGAGAAACGCAAGGAUUUGCGCAAUAUGUACAUUAUUUUGAAACCAAUUCCAGAUCGUUUAAAAGGUUUAUUAACACAAACAUUUUUGGAUCAUAUUAAAAAUGAAGGAAUAGAAACUAUUUCCACAUUAAAAGGCGAAAAUAUACAUAUUCAAUUUGUCGAAAAUAUGCUCAAAGUCCAUCAAAAAUACCAGGAACUGAUAGCUGAUGUAUUCGAAAACGACUCACUGUUUUUGAGUGCUCUAGAUAAAGCGUGUGCUAGUGUAAUUAAUAAACGUAUAAAUGAUAAACAGCCAUGUCGUUCAGCUGAACUAGUAGCAAAAUACUGUGACACUCUAUUGAAAAAAUCAAAAACAACGGAAACAGAAAUCGAUUCAAAAUUGACUAAUAGUAUAACAAUAUUUAAAUAUAUUGAAGAUAAAGAUGUUUACCAAAAAUUUUAUAGUAGAAUGUUGGCUAAAAGACUAAUUCAUGAACAGUCACAAAGCAUGGACGCAGAAGAAGCUAUGAUUAAUCGACUUAAGCAAGCAUGCGGGUAUGAAUUUACGAACAAACUUCAUCGAAUGUUUACAGAUAUUUCAUUAUCAGUCGAUUUGAAUAAUAAAUUUAACAAUUAUUUAAAGAAUGAAAAUACUGAUUUAGGAAUAAAUCUGUCUAUUAAAGUUCUUCAAGCAGGUGCUUGGCCCUUAGGUCCCACUCAGGUUGUAAUAUCUUUUGCUGUACCACAAGAAUUUGAAAAAGCUAUAAGAAUGUUUGAAAAUUUUUAUCAUACAUCAUUUAGUGGAAGAAAAUUAACCUGGUUACAUCACUUAUGUCAAGGUGAAUUAAAACUUGGAUACUUAAAAAAAAUAUAUAUUGUUACAAUGCAAACCUACCAAAUGGCAAUGUUAUUGCUUUUUGAAACAUGUGAUUCUUUAACAUGUAAAGAAAUUCAAGAAACUUUACAAUUAAACAAUGAUACGUUUCAAAAACACAUGCAAUCUUUAAUCGAAUCAAAAUUGUUAAUCGCUGAAUCAGAAAAUUUGGAAGGAGAAACUCAAAUAAAACUAAACUUGGAUUAUUCAAAUAAACGCACUAAAUUUAAAAUUACUGCCGCUUUACAAAGGGAAACACCACAAGAGGUUGAACAUACAAUGAUUGCUGUUGACGAAGACCGAAAAUUAUACCUUCAAGCUGCUAUUGUUCGUAUCAUGAAAUCACGCAAAAUUUUACGUCACAAUGCUUUAAUUCAAGAGAUAUUAUCACAAUCUAAAGUUAGUUUCACACCAAGCAUCUCAAUGAUUAAAAAAUGUAUUGAAUCGUUAAUAGAUAAGCAGUAUAUUGAAAGAACACCAAAUUCUGGUGACGAAUACAGCUAUGUAGCGUAAUUUUUUAUAUAAUAUAAUAGUUUACAGGCAACAAUAGCUAAAAUCUCAACUGAUAAAAUUACAGAAAAGAUAUUAAACUUUAUAAACAAAAAAUUAUGUGAAAAUAAAAAUAUUUAUUAUGCAUACGAUACUAAUACUGAAAGUAAAGAAAGUUUGAUAAAAUGCAAAUAAUUUUGUAAUUUCUUGCUCUAAAUUUAGUAAGUUUAUUUUUAAUAAAUUAAA